GAGAAAGAGCAGGUGCAAGACAGGUAGUACUUUCCUGGGAUCUGGUAGAGAGAGGAGGAUUCCCUUCCUGGCUAAAAGGACUCCAAUGAUACCUGAAAUGAGCACCUUAGUGGUGUAAUUUUCACUCACGAGGCCAAACCAGUGUGCAGUGAAGUGAGGAGACAGUUUUGAAUGAAGAGAUAUUUUUUUCUCCUUCAUAAUCUUUCUCUCUUCAAAUCACGAUCAGGUAAAGGCCCCACAGAUAGCUCCCUGGACUUUAACAAAUCUACCGAAUGAUUGCAUUUGAGCCAGAAGCUGAGUUGCCUGAACAUGAAUCUUUUAAAGAAUAUUUGAAAACAUCUACAUUCACAACUCAAUAACACACUCAGACUCUUAUUGGGAUGACCUACGGACUGUAUGAGUGUUACUUUUAACCAAGUGGAGGUUGCUGCUCUCCAGAAACCUACUCACUUCAGAGGUGUGGCACACAGGACAGAAGAAGCUCACAGCAUGGGUUUUCAGGUGUUUGUGCCUUUUUGCCAUUGGAAUUGGUUGCUGUUGCUAGUGAUCCUCAAGAGUUCUGAAGCAACUUCGGAUUUGAACAAAUCCACAAAUUCCUCUGAUAUUCGGUUUGCUGCUGCCAGCACAGAGCUAAAUGAGAAGAUAAGUGUUUUUACACUGGAUUAUGACUACGUGCAAAUUCCUUAUGAGGUCACCCUCUGGAUACUUCUAGCAUCCCUUGCAAAAAUAGGCUUCCACCUUUACCACAGACUGCCAGGCCUCGUGCCAGAAAGCUGCCUUCUCAUCAUUGUUGGGGCUCUGGUGGGUGCCAUCAUUUUUGGCACCAACCACAAAUCACCUCCAGUCAUGGAUUCAAGCAUCUACUUCUUGUAUCUCCUUCCACCCAUCGUCCUGGAAGGCGGUUACUUCCUGCCCACCCGGCCCUUCUUUGAGAACAUCGGCUCCAUCCUCUGGUGGGCAGGCCUGGGUGCCCUGAUCAAUGCCUUUGGCAUUGGCCUCUCCCUCUACCUCAUCUGCCAGAUCAAGGCUUUUGGCCUCAGUGACAUCAACCUGCUUCAGAACCUGCUGUUUGGCAGCCUGAUCUCGGCUGUGGAUCCAGUGGCUGUGCUGGCUGUGUUUGAGGAGGCACGAGUGAAUGAAGCACUAUACAUGAUGAUCUUCGGGGAGGCUCUUCUCAAUGACGGCAUUAGUGUGGUCCUAUACAAUAUAUUACUUUCCUUCACAAAGAUGCAUAAGUUUGAAAACAUAGAGACUGUUGACAUUUUGGCUGGAUGUGCCCGAUUCAUUAUUGUGGGGGUUGGGGGAGUAUUUUUUGGCAUUAUUUUUGGAUUCGUUUCUGCAUUUAUCACACGUUUCACUCAGAAUAUCUCUGCAAUCGAACCACUCAUCAUCUUUAUGUUCAGCUAUUUGUCUUAUUUAGCUGCUGAGACUCUCUAUCUCUCCGGCAUUCUGGCAAUCACAGCCUGUGCAGUGACGAUGAAAAAGUAUGUAGAAGAAAAUGUGUCCCAGACAUCCUACACGACUAUCAAGUAUUUCAUGAAGAUGCUGAGUAGUGUCAGUGAGACAUUGAUUUUCAUCUUCAUGGGUGUGUCCACUGUUGGGAAGAAUCACGAGUGGAACUGGGCCUUUGUCUGCUUCACCCUGGCCUUUUGCCAGAUCUGGAGAGCCAUCAGUGUGUUUGCUCUCUUCUAUGUCAGUAACCAGUUUCGGACUUUCCCCUUCUCCAUCAAGGACCAGUGUAUAGUUUUCUACAGUGGCGUUCGAGGAGCUGGAAGUUUUUCACUUGCAUUUUUGCUUCCUCUGUCUCUUUUUCCUAGGAAGAAAAUGUUUAUCACAGCUACUCUAGUAGUUAUAUAUUUUACUGUAUUUAUUCAGGGAAUCACAAUUGGCCCUCUGGUCAGGUACCUGGAUGUUAAAAAAACCAAUAAAAAAGAAUCCAUAAAUGAAGAGCUUCACAUUCGCCUGCUGGAUCACCUGAAGGCUGGAAUUGAAGAUGUGUGUGGGCAAUGGAGCCACUACCAAGUGAGAGACAAGUUUAAGAAGUUCGAUCAUAGAUAUUUACGGAAAAUCCUAAUCCGAAAGAACCUGCCAAAAUCAAGCAUUGUUUCUUUGUACAAGAGGCUGGAAAUAAAGCAAGCUAUUGAGAUGGUAGAGACUGGUAUUCUAAGUUCUGCAGCCUUUUCCAUACCCCAUCAAACCCAACGGAUACAAGGAGUCAAAAAGCUUUCCCCAGAAGAUGUGGAGGCCAUGAGGGACAUUCUGACACGCAAUAUGUACCGAGUUCGACAGAGGACACUGUCCUAUAACAAAUACAAUCUCAGACCUGAAACAAUUGAGAACCAGGCUAAAGAGAUCCUGCUUCGCCACAAGAACACCUUCCAGGAGAGCAUGAGGAAAGGCCACAGCCUGCCAUGGGGAAAGCCGGCUUGUGCCAAAAACAUCCGCUACCUGUCUUUUCCCUACAGCAAUCCUCAGCCUGCAAGAAGAGGCAGGAGGGCUGUUGAUUUCAGAGAUAAGGAAAGCAGUGAUUCAGAACUCUCCUUCGACAUGUUCACUGCACACUCUCGAGCAAGGUUGCUUCAAGAAAGACAACUGACAAAAGAAAUAAUCCCAGUGAAAAUUUCAAACAGAAGAGGGAAGCCAUCCAACUUUCAUUAUCAAAGAAGUAGAGGCCCAGAAGAUCAUGUUGGCGGAGAGAGAAGGGCAAUCUUAAGACCCAAACCAAUGUUUCAUGCAGUAGAUGAAGAGCAUGAAUCUGGAGGAGAGAGUGAAGAAGAGGCCUCAGCAGCUGGGUCCAGAUGGUCAUCUGAGCACAGACACAGAAGGGAACACCACAGAUCCCAUAGUCCGUUGCUCCAAAGGAAAUAGUUUUAUUGUGCACAAGAUUGUUUCUGAGCUUCUCAAGAGUUCACCUUCCUAUUGUUGUAAAAGAAGGAUUUUUAGAAUUCUAAAGAAAACUCUUGAGUUUACUUUUCUUUUUGAAGCUAUUAGACAUGCAUCUAUAAGAAGCAAGGAGAUUUUUUGAAAGACUAGGAGUACUAACUUUCAGCUUGUGCCAUAUUCUUAGCUGGUGCACUUUGUAGAUAAUUCCCUAUGAGUGACAGAUAUUCAUGACCACAGAAAUUGUUCACUAAGUAUUUCUAAGUGCGUGUGAUUCAUUUACUUUAUUGAGGUACAAUGUGAUUUGUAUUUAUCUUAACAAUAUGCAUGUGCAACUUAUAAUCGAAGUAGUCCUAGGAGGAGUCUAGAAAUAUCCUGAUCCAACCCCAUGAGGUUACAGAUGAGGACAUCUUGCCCAAGGUCAAGUGGUGAGUUACUGGAUUCACAAGCUAAUUAACCUCCCUCUCAAGAGAAUGCUUUUGAUUUUGAUUUUGAUAUGCACUAUUCAAUAAUUAUAUGUUUGGGAGGAAAUAAAAUUUGUCAUAACAUUACUACAUUUAAUCAGUAGCAACAAUAGAUGUAUGUGAUACAGACUAAAGAAUUAAUCUGCAAACAAUGGACUUGUCUAUUUUGUAAUUGGAAUAUUUAUUUAAAAAACAAAUAUUAGAAACAAAAUAGCCAUAAACAGACUUUAAAUAUCAAUGACAUAAAUAACAUGUAUUUAUGGGCACUUAUAAGGUGUGAUAUUUUCUCCUAAUGAUUGAAACUAUUUUCUAAUUUAAUUUUUCAUUUUCAUUGUCCCCAAACUUGACCUUGAACCUCACACUCCAGCUCAUCAACUUUGCUAGAUGACUUUAUCUUUUCCUUCUCUUCCUCUUCUCUUUCUUAUGACCACCUAUAUAUUUAACACUUAUUAAAUAACAUUUAUUGUCCCAAAUGGCUAAUCUAUAGUAAUCAGUUAACCACAGUGUUCUUUAUUGUUGCUACUUUUGACAUCUCUUAUCAUCCCCAACUGAUUUAAUAGUAUACAUCUUUAAAGGUCAUGAUCCAAUAUAACCAGCUCCUAGACCUACCUUGAUUUUCUUAAUUAGAAGGGAUCAAGUGGUCCUCCUCCUUCUUGUGCCCCACACCACUUUGGAUGUGUUAUGAGACUUAUCUGGGAAUUAUAUUACAUGUGUGUGUGUGUCCACUUCUAUGGUCCAAGAAUGGGAAGGACAGUUUAUUCCUUUUUAAUUUUAUACAUUUAUCAGUUAUGACUUUUAUCUCCAACAUUUACUUCCUAUUUGCUUCAGCUUUUGUUGUUAUAAUGUUAUAUAUGGUAGAUUCUCUAUAAAUGAAGUGAUGAUGACAUUUUAGAGCUGAAAAUAUAUUAGAGAAGAUGUGAGGUAUUCUUAUCUUCUAGGUGAUAAAAAAUGAAGUCUUGGGAAGGUACCUGAUGCCAGUUCAGGGUCUGCUUCCCCUUGAAGGACAUGGGCUUGUCCUCUAGUAUAACCCAUAGGUGCCAUUAACUGCUGAAAAAUGUAUGACUUGACACACAUUUAUAAUUUGUGAGUGACAUUCACUCAGGUUCCUGCUGCAGUGGUAGAAAUGGCAAUCAAAGGAGUCAUUUGUCUUUCUUCUGAAUCUGAAAUAUAAGACUGCUUCUAAGUUGUCUAAAUAUUUGGAUUUUAAUAAAACUGUAUACUACCAAGUAAUAAUAAUCAGUGCAAAGGAAUGGAAGCACAUAUAAAACCUAGAGAUCUUCAUGUUUUUUAUUUAAAUGAACCGACAAUCAAAGCCACAGAAAAAGCCUAUUAACCCUAAGAGUGAGUCAUUAUCCUUAAGCUAUGAAUGAAGAUAUAGAGACUGAGAGACAUCAUGAGAAAUCAUCUUUCCAAAUCUAAAUGCAAAACUGAUUCUUGAGAGGUGUAGAAUUCCUGUGUCACUUACUGGACACAGGAAUACCACAUAAUACCAGAAAUCCAAAUUGUAAAGGCCCCUUCCCAGAGUAGCUAUCAAGGUCUAAGGAUUAAUAGGAGUCAUCUAACUCUACUGUUUUUCUUUGAGAUCUUGGUUUCAUUUUGGAGAGGGGUAGUAGGAUUUAGUGAGUAGAUUGGAACCUUCUCCUUUAACUAACAAAAGCCAUAAAGGAGUUGUUUUAGCUGAGGCCUUUGCUCACCUAGACACUGUCUGGCCAGGACUUCCCAAGUCUGGGAAGUAGCCCUGGAGCUCUUGCAUAAAAGGUAAGGCAGGUUAAAGGUAGCUCUGACAGGCUUAGAGAGCUGCUGGUGGAAAUGGCCUCUUUUGUUUAUCAUCUAAGAUUGUUUCAAAAUGCAGUGUUAUAUGAUCUUCAUUUCAUUAGUCACUCUGGGGAAUCAGUUGAGGGUAUAACAGGUACCUGAGGAGUACUCAAGGGUAUCAGUUUUCCAUGAUGAUUUUUUUCCCCAGCAGGCAACACACAGUUCAGCAGAGAAAGUUUCCUCUUGAGUGUUGAGGAAGAUCUGAUUCUUCUUCCUAACUCAUCUCAGGAAGCAGAUGGAAUCACACAAAAGGGGUUCUCCUAGACCUGGCUUCUGGUCCACUGAGCAGUCCACCUUCUUUACCUUUUCUGCCAGCGGCAGAAUUUGCCCUUUUAUCUCAAACCUCAAAAUAUCAGACACAAACCCCACAAAAAUUUUAAUUUUCCUCUGUAGGUUUUUUUUGCUUCUCCCCCUCCCAAGCUUAUAUAUAUAUUGCUAAGUUGAUUGGUUUUGGGUUUCUAUGAAUUUUGAAGUUGAGAAAAGUAGCAUUUCCUUGUAUUUAUCCUAUAUAGAGACUUUCUACCUUAAGGGUUUCCAUGUAUUUUCUGGAGUUUGGGAUGUGGUAAAUUUUCUUACUCAUCUUUCCUGGCCUUGAUAUGAUGCCGUGGGCACCUCCUUGUCUUUACUCAAUCUGCUUAAAGAGAAACCUUGGCCAUUGGUUGUAGAAAGGGGUCUGCUGUGGCAAAGUUGAGAUGAGAUUCUGGACACUUUAUUAUGUUUUUUUCAUGCUUUCCUCUUGCUCCUGGAGGUCAUAUAUUUCUGUGUUUCUUUUGGGAAAAUUAAAGGGUCAUGGGAGGUAGGGCUUGAAUUACUGCCUGAAUUCAGUGAUGCAUUGAUAUAUUACAGAUGACAACUAUGGCAAGUGUGUUGCAGAACUCAGGUCUUAAGCUUAAAGUGUUGGAUUCAGCCUGCAGGGAAACCCCCACCAGACUUCCUUACCUGUUUGGAUGGCUACCACUGAGAUAAUUUAGAUUUUUGAAUCAAUAUAAUUAAUUCAGAGCUCAGGUUCUAUAGUCAGAUCAAUUGUAACUGCGGGACCUUGGGCAACUUAAUUGUCAACUCUAAGCUGAAAUUUACCAAUUAACAUUUUAAGGUAUUAAUUUUAUCUGCAUCAUAAAAUGAUAAUAAAGAUUAAAUAAGGUAAUAUAUAUAUAUAAUUCUUACAUGUAGCUUAGGGUUUGUUUUAUGGUUGGAGAGGAAUCAGUUGUAAUUAUUUAGGCUAAAAAUAUGUAUAAAUGAGAAAAGAUAUACAUUGAUUGGAUAAUAUGAUGAGGCAUAAAUAAUAGAAAUAUGAGACUUUUCUGAGAGGCCAUUUGAUUGUCAAGAGGAUACUGGGGCCCUGGUGAGAGAAUGUGACAGCAGUAGAGAGCACUGAAAAACAUGAUCACAUCUCUACCUGGCUAUGUAUCUGUUUAU